GUCCCUAGAGUUUUCAUAAUGCGCACCGCACGUAGACGCCUUUUCGUAAUCCCCAAACUAGAAACUUCACCGCCAUUGUAGCCUACUCUAGAAUUCUCGAGAAAUCUCCACAACCUGCACACUCAUCACACCGUUUCUAUAAAGCAGAGCAAAUUCCCAUCCUCCAAAACCCAACAAUCCAUAUACAUCAUUCAAGAUCACCGCAAUUAACACCAAUAAGCUCUAUAGUUUUCUUUCAAUCCUACAAAUUCUUUCUUUUACCCAUAUCUUCUGUGCUCUGUAGUUACCCAAUCUGUGUAGAGUUUGAAUUGAGCAGUCAUGGCGGGCAAAACAGAGGGAAAAGCCGUGGGAAUCGACCUUGGGACGACAUACAGUUGUGUGGGAGUUUGGCAGCAUGAUCGUGUGGAGAUCAUCCCCAAUGACCAGGGGAAUCGAACAACUCCCUCAUAUGUGGCUUUCACAGACACAGAGAGGCUGAUUGGCGAUGCUGCAAAGAAUCAAGUCGCCAUGAAUCCUGUUAAUACUGUAUUUGAUGCCAAGAGGCUAAUUGGGAGAAGAUUCAGUGACCCACCUGUGCAAGAAGACAUGAAGCACUGGCCUUUCAAGGUCGUUCCGGGCCUUGCCGACAAACCCAUGAUUGAGGUCUCUUACAAGGGGGAAAAGCGCCAGUUUUCACCUGAGGAGAUUUCUUCCAUGGUGCUCACCAAGAUGAAGGAAAUUGCAGAGGCUUUUCUGGGUCAGACUGUGAAAAAUGCUGUCGUUACUGUGCCUGCGUAUUUCAAUGAUUCUCAGAGGCAGGCUACUAAGGAUGCAGGGCUCAUUUCAGGCCUCAAUGUUCUGAGGAUUAUUAAUGAGCCCACUGCUGCUGCCAUUGCCUAUGGCCUUGACAAGAAGGGCACCUCUUCUGCAGAGAAGAAUAUUUUGAUUUUUGAUCUGGGUGGAGGGACUUUUGAUGUUUCUAUUCUGGCCAUUGAAGAGGGCAUUUUUGAAGUUAAGGCUACUGCUGGAGAUACCCAUCUUGGAGGAGAGGAUUUUGAUAAUAGGAUGGUGAAUCAUUUUGUGCAGGAGUUUAAGAGGAAGUAUAAGAAAGAUAUCACUGGUAAUGCUAGGGCUUUGCGGCGUCUGCGCACCGCUUGCGAGAGGGCAAAGAGGGCUCUUUCUUCUACUGCUCAGACCACCAUCGAGAUCGACUCUCUGUAUGAGGGAAUCGACUUCUAUUCUACCAUUACUAGAGCCAGAUUCGAGGAGCUGAACAUGGAUCUGUUCAGAAAGUGCAUGGAACCGGUGGAGAAAUGUCUGAGGGAUGCUAAGCUCGACAAGAGUCUGAUAGGCGAAGUCGUUCUUGUUGGUGGGUCGACCCGAAUUCCCAAGGUGCAGCAGCUGCUGCAAGAUUUCUUCAACGGCAAGGAGCUGUGCAAGAGCAUAAACCCAGAUGAGGCCGUGGCCUAUGGUGCAGCAGUCCAGGCUGCUAUUUUAACUGGAGAAGGCGACCAGAAAGUGCAGGACCUGUUGCUACUGGACGUCACUCCCUUGAGUCUCGGCCUUGAGACAGCAGGAGGCGUUAUGACUGUUUUGAUUCCUCGUAACACCACAAUUCCCACCAAGAAAGAGCAGAUCUUUUCGACUUACUCCGACAACCAGCCAGGAGUGCUUAUCCAGGUAUACGAAGGAGAGCGUGCAAGAACAAAAGACAACAAUCUGCUGGGCAAAUUCGAGCUGAGCGGCAUUCCACCUGCUCCCCGGGGCGUCCCGCAGAUCAAUGUAACAUUCGACAUAGACGCGAAUGGCAUUCUGAACGUCUCUGCGGAGGACAAGACUGCAGGAGUGAAGAACAAAAUCACCAUUACUAACGACAAGGGGCGACUCAGCAAAGAAGAUAUCGACAGAAUGGUGCGCGACGCAGAACAAUACAAGGCAGAGGACGAGCAGAUCAAGAGAAAGGUGGAGGCAAAGAAUUCCCUGGAGAACUAUGCAUACAAUAUGCGCAAUACAGUGAAGGACGAGAAGAUUGCUUCGAAGCUUAGUCCAGAGGAGAAGGAGAAAAUCGACAAGGCCGUUGGUGAUGUCCUCAGCUGGUUGGAUCAGAACCAACUUGCAGAAGUAGAAGAGUUUGAAGAUAAGCAGAAAGAGUUGGAGGCCAUCUGUAAUCCAAUCAUUGCUAAAAUGUAUGGCGGCGCUGAUGGUGCUCCUCCUGGUGCUGGUGCUGAUGAUUUUGGGUCUUCUCGAGAUGGAUCGGCGGCUGGAGGACCCAAGAUUGAGGAAGUCGACUGAAGAUUUAGGAGGGUUUUUUGAAGUUUGAAGCUCUGCAGAUGUUGGGUAGCAUAUAGUGGAAUGAUUUCUGAGUAUAUAUGUUAAUAAUGUACAAAGAUCAGAGAUCUUUUCUUAGAUAAGAUAGUUUGUAAUUAUGUUUGCGUAAUGGGAAUAAAACGCUUUCACUCGGAAUGUUUUUUC